GAGUGGAGUGCAUGGGUGGGCGUGAAUGGCGUGAAUGUGUUGCCCGGUAUCUAAUGACAUAACGUCUCACUCUAUGAGCGGUUGAGUGAAUCGUUUGUCUCACUUCUCUGUGACUUGUAUUGAGUGAACAGCGAAUGCAUUGAAUGUGUGAUCAUUUGAUCGAUUUGUCAAUUUGUGAACCAAACCAUUCAUUCAGACAACACAUCCACUCCUUAUAUAUACAGUAUAUCAGUGUUUACGGCAAUCGUUGGCCCUUUAAAUCGCGACCAAACACUUCACUCAUCACUCGUUUGAAAGGCAUAAAUGGUUUCAACAUUUAUUUAACCAUUGAUUACAAGACAUCGAAGAAGUAUCUUCUCAUCGGAUCAAAUCAUAAGAUAAACAAAUCUCGAUAUAAAGUGUGUGAAUACGAGCCGUGAAAAUGCCUGCCGUGAGAGGGGAUGGGAUGAGAGGGUUAGCCGUCUUCAUAUCGGACAUCAGGAACUGCAAGAGCAAAGAGGCAGAGAUUAAGAGAAUAAACAAAGAAUUGGCGAAUAUUAGGAACAAAUUCAAAGGCGAUAAGACAUUAGACGGUUACCAGAAGAAGAAGUAUGUCUGCAAACUGUUGUUCAUCUUUCUGUUGGGACACGACAUCGACUUCGGACACAUGGAGGCCGUCAACCUCUUGAGCUCUAAUAAAUAUUCAGAAAAACAAAUCGGCUAUUUGUUUAUAUCGGUUCUGAUGAACGCCAACAAUGAUUUAAUGAAAUUAAUCAUCCAAUCGAUCAAAAACGACUUGUCCUCAAGAAACCCGAUUCACGUCAAUCUCGCGCUUCAAUGCAUUGCAAACAUUGGGAGCCGAGAAAUGGCCGAAACGUUUGGCAAUGAGAUUCCGAAACUCUUGGUCUCCGGCGAAACAAUUGAUGUCGUGAAGCAAAGCGCGGCCCUCUGUCUUCUUCGUCUAUAUAGAGCUCUUCCCGAUCUGACACCAAGUGGUGAAUGGACUUCAAGAAUAAUACAUUUACUUAAUGAUCAGCAUAUGGGUGUGGUCACAGCAGCUGUUAGUGUAAUCAAUUCGUUGGUCAACCGAAGUCCGGAUGAGUACAAGGGAUGCGUAUCGCUGGCGGUGUCGCGACUGAGCCGUAUAGUGACGGCGUCGUACACGGAUCUGCAGGACUACACGUAUUACUUCGUGCCCGCGCCGUGGCUUUCGGUCAAACUGUUGCGAUUACUGCAGAACUAUCCGCCGCCGGACGACGCGGGCGUCAGGGGUCGGCUCAACGAGUGCUUAGAGACGAUACUAAACAAAGCUCAGGAGCCGCCGAAGUCUAAGAAAGUGCAACAUUCAAACGCCAAGAACGCCAUAUUAUUCGAGGCGAUCAGUCUUAUCAUACAUAUGGACAGCGAACCGAACCUAUUAGUGCGCGCCUGCAACCAAUUGGGUCAGUUCCUGCAGCACAGGGAAACCAAUCUCAGAUACCUGGCCCUCGAGAGUAUGUGUCUGUUGGCCACAUCCGAGUUCUCUCACGACGCCGUUAAGAAACAUCAGGACACUGUCAUCAAUGCACUCAAGACCGAACGAGACGUUAGUGUUAGACAGCGAGCCGUCGAUCUACUGUACGCGAUGUGCGACAAAUCCAACUCCGAAGAGAUUGUGAGCGAAAUGUUGUCUUAUUUAGAGACCGCUGACUAUUCAAUACGCGAAGAGAUGGUGCUGAAAGUGGCCAUUUUGGCGGAGAAGUACGCGUCCGACUAUACCUGGUAUGUGGACGUUAUCCUAAACUUGAUUAGAAUCGCUGGUGACUAC